GCAUUAUCGUUGUUUUCAGCUGAAACGCUAUUUGGCCUCGGAAUCUCGUAUUCCAAGCGUGUAGCGAGUCUCCCGUCUCGCUCCGGGAUUUCUCUGUUCUCAGUCACUUGUGGAAUCGUUUCACAGUAGGUAAACAGUAGCAGUUGAUCGGGUAGGAUUCAGCACAAUGAAUUGUGUAGCGAACAUUCUACUGAUGCUAGCCUUGUGGCAAGGAAGUGUUGCCAGUUUGAUGAGGCAAGGCAAUGAAAUGGGGUCAGUUGGCUACAUUGAACAUCUACUCUCUCUGAUCGAGGAAGGUGAAGGUCGUAGACUGGAGAAUGCUCUAGUUGCUCACCCACGGUUGAGAGUACUGGACAAGGACUUAGAUAGGAUAAGAGAGUAUAUCAAGACGGAUUUUGUUGCUCAGAUGUUCCACGAGAAGAUCGUGGAACACGGUGAGGAGAUCUUGAAGGCGCCACCGGUAGUUCGACCGCCCCCCGGUCCUUCAGGAAUUUUGACCACCGUUCGCGUGGCCUUGGACCGGGUGUACACGAUGGGUCUGCUCUAUCGCCUCUCUCAGCCCGCCAAUCAGACGUGGCUGCAGCGCGGCUGGAAAGAGCUGCAUGCUGCCGUGAACUUCAGUGACUGGAAUCCAUCACAUUUUCUGGACGUGGCUGAAAUGACGCAUACGGUGGCUAUCGGCUAUGACUGGUUUUACAAUGACCUGACCGAGGAGCAGGGAAGUCUCCUGGAACAGGCCCUGGAGGUGAAAGGAUUUCAGCCGGCUCUGAAAGGCUACAAAGACAAGGCAUUCUGGAGCGUGUAUCCUGAUAACUGGAACAAUGUCUGCAAUGGUGGCAUGAUAGUCGGCAUGCUAGCUGUUGCGGAUAGCAAGAACUGCCCAAGCGCACAGUCUGUAGGUCAACAUGCAUUGAAGGCCCUGCCCACAGCCAUGGAGUCCUACGGUCCCCUGGGCGCAUGGCCAGAGGGAGUUGGGUACUGGGCCUACGCCACACGUUACACUAUCUUUGCUAUCAGCUCGCUUGAGACAGCUACCGGCGGGGACAACGGUCUCAGCUCGUGGCCUGGUUUCAACUCAACAGCGCUAUUCGUUGUCCAUGCUACAGCCCCCUCACUCCAGUUCUUCAACUAUGCCGAUGCAGGACGCUAUACAAUAACCGAGGGACCCACGGACACUCCGAGUCUCUACCACCUAGCAACUAGAUUUAACAUCCCGGCUGCAGCAUAUCUUCAGCGCCUCAAGUUGCAAAGAUCUGGGGACGCAACCCCCGAGGAUCUGAUUGCUUACACACCUGCGGGAAGUUUUGAGGAUCUCGCAAAGCUGCCUCGAUGCAUGAUGUUUCCCCGACAAAAUGUAGCCAUUGCACGCUCAUCCUGGUCUGACUAUGGAGCAGCUUGGCUAGGCAUCAAGGCCGGCUUGACACACGAGGGUGAUCCACAUGGACAUUUGGAUGUCGGUAGCUUCGUCUAUGAAGCAACUGGACACCGCUGGGCUAUCGACCUCGGUGCAGACAGCUACGCUCUGCCCGAGUAUUUUGGAUCCAAGCGCUUCACCUACUACCGUCUCCGCAAUAUCGGUCACAACACGCUGACCUUUAACGAAGACAAUCAAGCAACUGAUGCUAACGCAUCGCUGACAGCAGCCAUAAACUGUCAUGGAACUAGUGACGUAGGCUACAUGUCCAUCGACACAAACCUCACCUCAGCUUACACACCUAGCAACAUAUCGUAUGUUUACCGCCAGUUUUCACUUGAUUACGUCACCAAAGAACUACAGAUCUAUGACCGCAUUGGCUAUGGAGAGAGCAAAGCCAGCACACUUACCUGGGCCUUGCAUACGUAUGCUAACAUCACCAUUCAAAAUCCCUCGACGACAGCACAGCUUAGCUAUGGACCAGACAGGUUGCAAGUUUCCAUUGUCAAUGGAUCAGAUCAUACCAUUUGUUCGGGCACAACGUUUUCCUAUGCUCCAAUUGACCUGGCACCUCCCCAGGAAUCAACCAAGGGUGUGAACAAGUUGGUGAUUCAGGCUCCAGCUGCAGACUGCAAAAUGCUCACUGUAUCGCUCAAACCUGUGCAAUUUUAACGUGCACACAUCCAAAUGGAGGGAUUUUACCCCACUUGAAAACAUCCUUUCGGCAAACGUCUGCUUAUGUUUCCGUCCAUACAUCUCUUUUAUCUCUCUCCUUCUCAACCCCCCCCCCCUCCCUCCUUCCCUCUCCGCAACCCAUCGUUUCAUUGCAUGACUGCCAAAGGCACAUGACAUUGCAAACAUUGAAGAAAGCCAUGGGAAGGGAUUGGUUGACGUUUCAAAAUCAUAAUCAAACGGAAGUAAACAUUCUUUUCGA